AUGACUGAAACAACACCAACAACAAACGAAACAAAAGAACAAGUUAUUACACCAUGGGAAGUUGAAGCAGCACCAGGUGGUAGUGUAGAUUAUAUGAAACUUGUUGAUCAAUUUGGUUCAACUGUUAUUAGUGAAGAACUCAUUGCUCGUUUUGAAAAAGUUACUGGUAAAAGAGCACAUCACUUUUUACGUAGAGGAAUCUUUUUCUCUCAUAGAGAUUUAAAAGAAAUUUUAGAUCAUCAUGAAUCAGGUAAAAAAUGGUUUUUAUAUACAGGUAGAGGACCAUCAAGUGGUAGUUUACAUUUUGGACAUUUAUUACCAUUUACAUUUACAAAAUAUCUUCAAGAUGCAUUCAAUGUACCAUUGGUAGUUCAAAUGACAAAUGAUGAAAAGUUUUUAUGGAAAGAUAUGACUUUAGAAGAAUCAAUUAAAUUUACUCAUAACAAUGUUAAAGAUAUCAUUGCAUUGGGUUUUGAUAUUCAAAAAACUUUUAUUUUUUCAAAUUUAGAAUAUAUUCAUCAUCUUUAUCCAAAUGUACUUAAAAUUGCAAGAUGUGUUAAUUUAAAUCAAAUUCAAAAUAUUUUUGGAUUUAAAGAAUCAGAUGCAAUUGGUAAAUUUACAUUUCCACCAGUUCAAGCAGCACCAUGUUUUCCAGAUUCAUUCCCACAUAUUUUCCCAUUGAAUGAUCCAGAGAUUAAGAAUAUUCGUUGUUUAAUUCCAUGUGCAAUUGAUCAAGAUCCAUACUUUAGAAUGACUCGUGAUAUUGCACAUAGAAUUGGUCAUCAAAAACCAGCACUUAUUCAUAGUAAAUUCUUCCCAGCACUUCAAGGUCACAAUACCAAAAUGAGUGCUUCAGAUACAAAUUCCGCAGUUUAUCUCUCUGAUACACCAGAUCAAGUUAAAGAUAAAAUUAAGAAACAUGCUUUCUCUGGUGGUGGUGCUACUAAAGAAGAACAAGAGAAAAAUGGUGCUGAUCUUUCAGUUGAUAUCACUUAUGAAUAUUUAACUUUUAUGUUGGAAGAUGAUGAACAAUUAAAAGAUAUCGCUCAUAGAUAUUCAACUGGUAAAAUGAUGACUGGUGAAAUUAAACAAAUUUUAAUUGAUCUUAUGAAUAAAAUUAUCAUUCGUCAUAAAGAAGCAAGAGCUAAAAUUACUGAUGAAGUUUUAUCAACUUUUAUGUCAAUUCGUAAAUUAAAUUUUUAA